UCGCCGUGUCGCGCCAUGGCAUCUGACCUGCCGCCGCCGCCGCUGCCGAAGAAGCCGAGAUCCCCACCAGCCGCUCCGACCACCAUAUGCGCCCUCGGCGGCGACCUCCUUCGAGAGAUACUCCUCCGCCUCCCCUCCCUCCCGACCCUCGUCCGCGCCGCCCUCACCUGCCGCUCCUCCCUCCGCGCCGUCCGCUCAUCCCCCGCCUUCCGCCGCCGCUUCCGCGAGCUCCAUUCGCCCCCACUCCUCGGCAUAUUCCUCCACAUCUUCGAGUCCGACACCCCUGCUUUCCGCCCGCUUCGCCCGCGCUCCGAUCCGGGCCUCACCGCGGCCAUCUGCGGCUCUGAUUUCUUCCUCACCCGCCUUCCAGGCGGCGACAAUGCCUCCGCCCCCGCCUGGUUAAUCAGGGACUGCCACGAUGGGUACGUCCUUCUCCUUGGCUGUAACAGCGAUCACAUAGCCGUCUACAACCCCCUCACACGUGCCUUGCAUCUCUUCCCCAAGCCGCCCGAGGAGAUCUGCCAAGACAUGCGCGUUGAGUACCAUGUCCUCUCCCCCGAAGAAGACCAAGGUCCGUUCCGCGUUAUCUGCGUCUGUCACGAAGACUACGGAGCGCAAGCCGCUGUCCUCUCGUCAGAAACCAGAGAGUGGCAGAUUUUACCGUGGGUGGACGCUGCAAGUAUGCUGCAGCCUGCGUUGCAGCCUUGGUAUGACGAGAAGUAUAGCCCUGACGACGGAAAGCUGGUAAAUGGCUCCAUCUAUUGGAUAGCAGAGAGUCUAGCCACAGCGCGUGUGCUCAACAUCGCUACAUUGCACUUCUCUCGGAUCGAUCUGCCUCAUGUAGAAGGGCAAGAAGCACUUACCGCCGGCGAGGCCAGGGAUGGGAAGCUCUGUAUCGUGUGCACCGUUAAACUCACGCUGGUUGUUUGGCUCUGGGGAACCGAUGGUGAUGAUUUGGAGAGAUGGAUGCUGGACAAGACAUAUCCGCUGGAGCAGGCGAUUGAUGAGCUCAGGCACCGUUUCACGGGUGAUGAUGUUAUUCUGAAGGUUAUGGCGAUUGAAAAUGGAUUCGUCUACUUGUCUGCUUACUGUGAGGUGGAUCCCAAGUUACCUGGCUGGUUCCUAUCCUUCUGCCUUGACACGGAAGAGCUUAAUUGGCUCUGUCCCAUCCUUCACGCUGACGAUAUGUAUCCCUACAUCAUGGCGUGGCCUCCUUCUUUGGUACUCGACAAGCCCAGCAGCUCGAGUUAAAGUCUGAGUGAGCUACCAGAAACUACUGAAGUGAUAUCUGUUCAAUGUGCUCCAUCAUUCAUAUGCCUUCCGAGGAGUGCCGAGCAGUAGAAGAAACUGCUUUUCAAGUUCUUUCAGGCUGCAGAGCUUGAUAAAACUACUGAAGUGAUAUAUUCUCAUGGGGCUUUAAUCAUUGAUAUGCCUCCAGAGGCGCAUGUGAAGAAAAUAUGUUCGAGUUCUUUCAUGCUACGGAGUUUGAUUGGGGCAGACUGGGUUGAUUCGUAGUGAUGAUAUAAAUUAUUUUUUAUAAAUUUUAAUAUAUCUUGAAAACUUCCACAUAUCUGUAACGAAGUAAUGAAUGAUCGCAAGCACUGGGGUUGACACAAUUGCUCAGUUUUCCGGUUGGAGAAGUAGAAAUAUGUUGUGUUUGGAGGUCAUGCAGAAAAGAGAGAUUUAAGUCUUGAUGAAUGUUAUGUGAAACCGGAAGUGGAAGCACCAGACAUAUUUCUUUCUGCCAA